CUUCCUCAUAAAAGAAAAAAUUGUAGGUGCUCAAGAACUUCAACCUCAUGCAUCUAGUAAAUCAAACCAUGUUGAUGCGGCGAAAGGUUGUUCUACAAAUUUUGAUGGUGCUAUAUGUUCUUCUGAGUUAUGACGGAGUUCAAGGAGAAAUAAAAUUAUCCAAAGUAGAGGAUUUAGAGUUGAAGAAGCAACUUAAACUUCUGAAUAAGCCAGCGACCAAAAUAAUUAAGACGAAAUAUGGGGAUACAUACGAUUGUGUUGAUUUCUACAAACAACCUGCGUUCGAUCAUCCGUUAUUACAAAAUCACGAUUUUCAUCCCAAGAUGAAACCUACUUUAGCUAGGACGUGGCAAAAUUCAAAUACCUCAGCAACUAUAUGGUCAUCUAGCAUAUGGUUGAAGGAAAGAGGUUGUCCUUUCGGAACCGUUCCUAUUAAGAGAGUUACUAAAGAUGACCUUAUUAGACACAAACGUAUUCCGUCACCAGAAGCUAUCUCAUUUGAAGUUCAAUUUAUUAGUAUUAACAACAAUAGUGAGUCAAAAAGAAGUUACAUAUCAUCGCAGGGAUACAAGCUUGCAUCAGCCCAAGUUCAAAAUAAUCCAAAUACUAGGUUUUCGGGAGCCGGAAUGACAGCUAGUUUAUGGAAUCCUCAUGUUGAAGGUCAACAAAAUAGUGCAUGCCGACUAAAAAUUCAAAAAGGGUCAGAUAUUUUACAAGUUGGUUGGAGAGUGGAUCCAACAUUAUACAAGGACAAUAAGACUAGGCUUUUUGUACAUUUUCAGGCUGGUAAUACACAUUGCUUCAAUGCACUAUGUCCUGGAUUUGUCCUAGUAAAUACCGAGUUACCUGUUGAUAUGGUCUUUGAUGAGAUUUCACACCGUGGAGAUCAACAAAUGGCAGAGAUUACAAUGUUUAUCGAUCGGGACCUAGCUAAUGGAAAUUGGUGGCUUUUGAUUGGUGAAAACCACGAACAAGUUGGUUUUUGGCCUCAUGCGAUUUUCACUGACUUGGCAAGCUUUGCUACUAACGUUGAGAUGGGAGGAGUUGCAUAUAGUCCACCAGGUGUGCCUGAACCUCCAUUGGGCGCCGGUUGUUCGCUUGCUGUAGAUCCUAGGUAUGAUGCUUAUUGUCGGAGACCUAAUGUUUUAAACGAUAAAGGUGAGACGAUACCCAUAGUAGAAUCAAUGAACGUCAAACUUAGUGAUUCUAAUUUGUAUGAUGUUUUGGAUAUACCAUAUUUUAGAAGUGGAAAUGAGCAUUUUGUAUUGUAUGGAGGACAUGGUGAGGUCGACACAUCAUGUUAAUUAAU